AUGAGCUCCGCCACGGAUAUGGUGAUUGCAUAUCGCCUUCCGCAGGAUGUGGCGGAUGAAGAGGCCUACGGUCUGUGCCUUGGAAAAGAAGGGAACACGCUGCGCGUGAUAUUCUUGCGGAUUGAGAAAAACUACGAGAGACUGCUGAAGUCAGUUCUACGCAGGCGAUCUGAAAAGGAUGCUGUCGUGAAAUCGCUCGAGAGCCGCUUGCAGUUACUGAAGUCCAAGGUGUUAGAAGAGAGCGACACGACGAGGCCCAAGAGCUGCCGAAUGCAGGAGAUAAUGCUACGGUUGGCUCUUCGACGCUUGGAAGGGGUCGAGGAAAAAGAGUGGGCACUGCUGUCGCAACAACGCUGCCCCUCUGCUGUAAUUAGCGCUGUCGGAUGUACUGUGGCUUGCAUCGCUGCCGGUAAGAGUCUUGUGUCAUCUACGUGGAAAGAUGCGCAAAGGCUGCUGUGCAGCGGCAAGGGAAUGAUGCUACAGCUGCGUCAGGUUGGCGAGAAGCGACUGGAGAGGUUACUCUAUGACUCUAUCUCAGAGAUGUAUUUGUCCGACUCAACCUUGUCUUAUUCUUCAGCGUCUCAAGAGUCGCCGUCGCUUGGGCUUCUGCACAAGUGGAUCACGGCCUUCAUGGAUUACCAACGUGCCCACUACAUGGAGGACAGAGAACCGGAGCUGCAGCGACAGAUAGCCGGCUCUCAGAGCAGCCUGCAGUCGGCGCGCGAGCGCCGCGACUCGCUGACGAAGCAGGCAGAUCUAAUCAGCAAAGGAAUUUGCUACUCUCGCACCCAAACGGUGCGCAGUGUCCCUAUAGAGCACGUUCUCUACCUCAUGACAGCUGAAAGGGUUACAAAUUGGCAGUACCUUCUCAAGGAGCGCAUCUCCAUCGAGUCGUUGGAGGGGACGCUGGCGAAGUCGUUUGCUGGUCAACGAAGUCCCCGAGGCAUUUGCGGCGAGGAGCAAUCUAGAAUGACGACGUUCUCCUCCGCCCGAGCCGAGGACCCCGUCGCAGGAGUCAGCUACCCCGAUCGCACUUCCAUCGCUGCUUUGACGCACCCUGCGCCGAAGACUGAGGCAGCACAGACGGGAACGUGGGCGAACGGGGGUCACGUGCGACAACCGCGCGCCUCCAUAGCCGAUGGCAGUUACGUGGAGAGUGUCAAGAGCCGGUGUGCCACGGUGUUGUCCUCCAUCGACCCAUUAGGUGAACGGAAUGAUAAAGCCUCCGUUGCGAAGGAAGUAAAAUGGGCAUCUGGCGGUAACAGCUGUGUGUUGUCGUCAAGCGGCAAGGCUGCGGUGACUCGCGGCAGUACUAACAUGUCUACAGCAAUAGACGCCGUCACUACAUCUUUUUCUUUGAUUACUCAGGUGGAUAGGCAAAACGGCGUGUUUUUUCCCUCGCAUGCGCCCUGCACACCGUCGGCGUCGGAUGAUGCCCAGCACGUACUCGCAGACGUCAAGACCCACUUCAAAAAUGUGCAGGAGACCCUACUGGCAUGCUUCGAGGAGUACAAGCAGCUGGAGGAGAAGUACUCCAACACCGUAGAGCAGAGUCAGCAGCUGCUGCAGACUUUGGAGGAGCGUGAGAACGAGAUUGCGCGGCUGCGUGAGGAUCUGGCGCAGGCGACGCAGAAGCAACUCUUAGUAAGCGGUAUCAUUGCGCUACAGCAACAGGCUCAACACGGGACAUUAAAUUGUGGCCAGUGUAACGGGCACAUGAAUUGUAGUCAUGAUGCACCACUUCACCUCGGGGCUUCCAGUGCAUUUGAUGCGGGUACCUUUGCGAGGUGCGUAGAGUACUUGCUCGACGAUACGCUGGAUUUUGUAAGAGGGGUUGCUUCGGCCCCAGCCACGUAA